UCGAUAUUUGUUUAUUUUUUAUUUAUAUAUCUUGAAAUUGUUUUUCAAACGCAGAUUGUGUAUUUUUCAUCAAAUAUGUUUUAUUAUUACUCGAACAGGUCUCCUUAUCUUGAUUUUAGUCCUGCACGUUCCGAGAAUAUCCCAAUUAAAAUGCUCUCUACAGAGAAGAACUACCCUAUUAUUUAUGUACAUUGCAUCGCAAAGCAAGCGACGAUCUGAAUAAGUCAUCUUAUCUCUUGGCAACAAAAGUGACGAUCAUAGCCCAACGAUUUUAAACUCUUUACUUCGAAGAACCUUAAAUCGCCGAAUUAUCCUGAGGGGAAUGUCCAAGCGAAAGGCCGAGGACGGACAAUCCGACAAAAUGGCAACAGCCGAGAAAGUAGCACAGAAUGAUUUUACCAUUGGCUUGGUGGAUCCCGUCAAGGAUUACCAAAAGCUCAUAGAAACACGCGUACAGGUAGACGAAAUCGUCGAUGAUGAUGUCACCAAGGAGAAUUUCGAUCGAACGGCUGCAUCAGCGCGUGACGUCAUCUGGCGGCUGAUAUUCGACGAGGCCGGUACCUCGCAAUCAAACACAGAGAAGGCCAGCCAAUUGCUGGAGGAAUACCGUGGUGACGCCUGCUUCUACGACCCGACGCCCUACAACGAAUGGAUUGUCAAACUAAGGGAUGAGGUCCUGAAGAGGGAGCUCCUUGACUUUUGGCGUGAUGUCCUGGUGAAGAAGCAACUGGGUCCUUGUUGGUCACGCGACUGUGAUCUCUUCGACAGCGACGACACCCCGCCAUUGGAGUUCUACGCCCAUGCCGGAUGUACUGCUCCAUUUGCAGCCAGCUUAAAGGUGCGCGCUGCACUGGACCAGCAGGCUUCACUGGAUCAGGAUGAGGCAGCGGUGUCCACCACACCGGGUGAACUGAGUGCCGAUGAUGCCGCCGCCCUGUCUGGUGAAUUCGAGGCAGCUCUAACAAAGGGAAAUCCUCUCGAGGAAUACCGAUCGCUAAUGAAGCGCUUUGUCCUGACCAAAAUAAUCGUACCGGAUAGCGUUCACCAGGCCAGCGUGAAGAAGAUUGCGGCAGCCGCCAGGGAGAUCAUCUGGAAGCUGCUCUUUGAUGGCACACCCUCGAUAGAAGAUCAAAACAAGGCCGCCGAUCUGCUGCAGGAGUACAAGGGUGAUGCUGGUUUCUAUGGACCGGAUGAUUACAACGAAUGGAUUUUCAAGCUGAGGGAUGAGGUUCUUACCAAAGAGCUUCUCGACUUUUGGCGCGAUAAGAUGGUGAAAAUGGAACUGGGUCCCAGUUGCGCCCGUGAUUCCGACUAUUAUGACAACGAGGAUCCCCUGCCAUUGGAGUUUUACGAAAAGGCCGGUUGCAAGGCUCCCUUUGAAGCCGAUUUAAAUGAUGAUGUUUAGUACAGCAUCAGAAAUUUAUUUUUUAUAACUCAAGCAUUGUAUUCAGGUCCAAACACGAGUUCGAUGCCUUUUCGGGAAACCUUACUUUAUGAAAAAACUUACUCUCAUGUACUAAAUCACCGAUUCUGCACAGAAUCUCCGAAAGCACAAAAUUUGAAUCUGAAUUGUAUUCCAAAAUGUCAGAAAUUGUUAAACAAAAAUAAAUAAAAUAAGCCUCUUUUAUAGCUGUUCACGAAAA